GGGGGGCUCCUUCUCUCGCUUGUCAAACCGCGGGGCAUUGUGGGGCGGAGGCGGCCUUUCUGAUCAGGACAUCUUCAAGUAAAUAAGGUUUAACCGGGAGGAGGAGCAGACCGAGAGCAGCCGGAGAUUACAACCAACACAUCACUCACUGUGUUGCGCUUCAGCCUCACUUAUUACAACAGCUUUCAUAGUACACCAACAUGGGGCAGGAGGAUCUCAUGAACACGGCGGAAGACGUGGCGGACCAGUUCUUGCGGAUAACCAAACAGUACCUGCCCCACCUGGCGCGUCUGUGUCUCAUCAGCACCUUCCUGGAAGACGGCAUCCGCAUGUGGUUCCAGUGGCAUGAGCAGAGAGACUACAUCGAGGCUACCUGGAGCUGUGGCUACUUCCUGGCCACGUGCUUUGUGCUGCUUAACCUCAUAGGACAGCUGGGUGGUUGCGUCCUCAUCCUCAGUAGAAAUUUUGUACAGUAUGCCUGCUUUGGACUAUUUGGCAUCAUAGCGCUACAGACUGUUGCAUACAGCAUUUUAUGGGACCUCAAAUUUUUGAUGAGAAACCUGGCCCUCGGAGGUGGUCUGCUCCUGCUGCUGGCCGAGUCUCGUUCGGAAGGAAAGAGCAUGUUUGCUGGAGUCCCCUCCAUGGGAGAGAGUUCGCCGAAGCAGUACAUGCAGCUGGGUGGUCGAGUACUGCUAGUGCUCAUGUUCAUGACUCUGCUGCACUUCGACUCCAACUUCUUCUCUAUCCUGCAGAACAUGGUUGGGACUGCGCUCAUCAUCCUGGUGGCCAUCGGCUUCAAAACCAAGCUGGCGGCGUUGACCCUCGUCGUGUGGCUCCUGGCCAUCAACGUCUACUUCAACGCCUUCUGGUCCGUCCCCGCCUACAAGCCCAUGCACGACUUCCUCAAGUACGACUUCUUCCAGACCACCUCGGUCAUCGGCGGUCUGCUGUUGGUGGUGGCACUUGGACCUGGUGGCGUGUCCAUGGAUGAGAAGAAGAAAGAGUGGUAGGCAAAGUGGGGUUAAGAUAAGAGGAUUGCACAGCACCACUAACUUCACCCCACCAACCGGGACACAAAGGCCCUCCCUCUCCUGCAGUUCCCCCCCCCACCAGGGUACACAGUUGUUUUUUUUCUAGCUUGUUUUUUAUUUCGCCAAAUCCACAGACACCACCUCUCCCAUCUAUGGACAAUUUUUCUAUUUUCCUCCCAGCUGCUGUUUUUGUUUUUUAGUUCAACAUAUGCAGAUUUUUUCUAAACCCUUCUUGUAUGUCCUCUUUUUCCAUGACAACAAGAAUAAAAAAGGCCCAUGUAUUUCAAAGUGCAAGGUAAACAGCUAAUGUGGGAUAUAUGGAUUUCUUUGUUCUGUGUGCAGAAGGAAUGACAUAAUUUAUUGUAUUUUAUGGGUGUUAUGCCAUGAGUUAUAAUAGAUUAACAUUCAUAUUUUCUGAAUAAAACCAGCGAAUUGGAUCGAGUGCAGUAGUUUGUCCCCCACCCCUCCCCCCCAUGGAUGCUGGUCUUUUUCUGCCGUUGGAUCUUGGAGUGUCUGAGACUUACUCACCAUAUCGAACUUGGGCACUGAUUUGACUCUCCGGGUUUCAUCUCCCCUCUUCUUCUUUUUUUUCUCUGACACCCUAGCCUUUCAACACAUCUGUACACCUUCAAUCUCAACUGACUCUUGUUUGUUUGGAGUCGAAUCAGGGGGGGAACGUGUACAUUAUGUACAAAGUGGUGGAUUGCAGUCAUGCUUGGUUGAAAGCUUCAACACAAUUGUUAGCUCCAGUACUUGUUAUUGGGCACUUUGUACUGUACGUUUUUUGGCAAAUGCCUAACUAGUGAACUGUAUAUGAUCGGGGAAUAUAGAGGGGAGAGGCUCAACGUUUGUGAAACACCAUAUUCUGCGAUCUAGAAAAGCAAAGAGGACUAAGCAGAGUCACUAGCCAUCCGGACUUUGUCUUUGCUCAGUGUUUUUUGCCAUGUGUAAGAAAAUAAAAAAAAAUAUUCAGUGUAUUGAUUUUCAGAAGUUUAUAUUGUAUUUUUGAUCAUUUGUUUUUUGAUUUUGGAAGUUCAUGGCGAAGAAAUAAAAGUUCAAAAAUAUAAAGUCA